GCGGCCGCUGCGCCCCGGGGCGGCAGUGUGGUCCGGGCGGGCUUGUGCGGAGGCCGCGGGGGUCCCGGCGGGCUGGGGGCGUGAGCGGGCGUGCGGCGCUGGCAGCGCGCAGUGUGGCCCGGCUGCGGGCUUGGCGGCGGGCAGCGAGAGCGCGGCCAUGGAGGACCUGGGGGAGAACACCACCGUCCUGUCCACCCUGCGGUCUUUGAACAACUUCAUUUCGCAGCGCGUGGAGGGGGGCUCUGGGCUGGACGGCCCCAGCUCCGCCCCGGCCUCUCUGCAGAUGCAGUACCAACAGAGCAUGCAGUUGGAGGAAAGAGCAGAGCAGAUCCGUUCCAAGUCCUACCUCAUCCAGGUGGAGCGGGAGAAGAUGCAGAUGGAGCUGAGCCACAAGAGGGCCCGGGUGGAGCUGGAGAGGGCGGCCAGCACCAGCGCCAGGAACUGCGAGCGCGAGGUUGACCGCAAUCAGGAGCUGCUGACGCGCAUUCGGCAGCUGCAGGAGCGGGAGGCCGCGGCCGAGGGGAAGGUGCAGGAGCAGCGGGAGCGGCACCGGCUGUGCCAGCAGAGCCUGGACGCCACCAGCCAGAGGCUGCGGGAGAAGGAGGACGGCCUGGCCGCGGCCGGCGAGACCAUCAACGCGUUGAAGGGCAGGGUCUCGGAGCUGCAGUGGAGCCUGACGGACCAGGAGAGGCAGCUGAAGCGCCUGGAGUCGGAGAAGCAGGAGCUGGGGGAGCAGCUGGAGCUGCGGCACAGACAGUGGCAGGAAGCUAACCAGAAGAUCCAGGAGCUGCAGGCCAGCCAGGAGGUGAAGGCCGACCAGGAACAGAAGAUCAAGGACUUGGAGCAGAAGCUGUCCCUGCAGGAGCAGGACGCCGUGGUCGUGAGGAGCAUGAAGUCGGAGCUGGCGCGGCUCCCCAAGAUGGAGCGGGAGCUGAAGCGGCUGCAGGACGAGAACUCACACCUGCGGGAGAUGAGUGAGACCAACGGGCUGCUCCAGGAGGAGCUGGAGGGGCUGCAGAGGCGGCUGGCGCGCCAGGAGCAGGUGCAGCAGGCCGUGGUGGACCUGGAGCUGGAGAAGGAGAGGCUGCUCGCAAAGCUGCAAGGCUGGGAGAGACUGGAUGCAGCCACAGGCUUGAACCUCAGGUAGGAGGCCCUGGGCAGGCGGCUUCCGGAGCUGCUCUCAGCGUGGCACUCGGCCCUGCCUCCUUGGCCGCUGGGCUGCGGCGGGAGCCUUUACCCCCACACAC